ACUUUUGCGCACAAACACUCAGGCGUCCGCGCGUAAUCUGUCCGUCAGGGCGAACUUUGGCUCUUUCUCGAUAGUAAGUAGAGAUUCUUGAAGCCAAGUUGGCGUUUCUGUCUUCUUCUCUGAGCUCUUUUUUUCUCUCUCUCUCUUUUUUUUUUACAUCACCAUUGGUAAACAGAGCCGAGUUUCAUACAUUCAGUUCGCCGCUGAAGUGCCACGCGUGUUGCGCACGAUUCCUGGAAGUAACACAGACGAGACGUUUCCAUGUGAUGUUUGGGUGAAUUCGUAAAGAGAGAAAAAAAAAUAAAAAGCAGAGAGCGGCGGUGCACUGAUUGAGUUGCAAAUCGCUUGUAUGAAAAGUUGGUAAUUUCACGCCCUGCUCUGGCACAAAGCUGCUCCUUCACUGGUGGAGUCCGUCAGAACCGCUGCUGCUGCUGCUGCUGCUGCUGCGGCUUCGCUGCGCGACGCAUGAAGGCGUUGAUGGGGACAUGAGUCAGAGCAGAAAUGAAGCUGUGAAAUUCAACAGCGACUGGUGAUGGAGUGAUACAAUUUGGGCUUUUCUUUCUUUUCUUUUUCUUUUUCUUUUUGUCUAACACUGAUCUAACGUUUGGACCAGAGGACUGGAAUAAGCCAUAAGGCGCGCGGCUCCAUACUGAAGUGUUUAAGUUAGUCUGAGGGGAAAUUUAAAAGACCUAAAAAUACAGCGUUGGUUUCUUCCCUACAAAGAAUCAUUUGAACUUCCCACCGCAGAGCGAGAGCGACAUAAAUAGUUCUGACAUGUGGAUGUAAUUUCAGAAGAGGAAAAAAGACAGAUGCAGAGAAAUAAAGCGCGCCGGCUGAGCCUGAGCAUAUAGUAGAUUAUAGGAAAUUAAAUCGAAGGGGGCAGAGCGAGGCGAUUACAGAGUUAUGAUUUCACAAGCCGCCAUAAGCACCGAGAGGCCAGAUGGAGUGAAAAGACACAAGUCGCUCCACUUUGAAGAGAGUUAAGUAGAUUAAAUAAUUUAAUCUGAGCUUCAUCAGCGUCUGUUCGAGCCCCCCUGCCUGCCAGGAGUCCUGGAGGUAGAGCUGCCUCAGGUCAGGGAUGGGAUCCUCUGUGCUGCUCCACAACCUGGACUUUCUCCUCAUCUCACUGCUCAGCGGUUUAUGUCUGGUUUGCGCGGACGACGUGCUGACGAAGGAGGAGCAGAUCGGCCUGCUGUUCAAAGCCAAACGGAAGUGCGAAGGAAACAUCAAGUCAAAGCACAAGGUUCCUGAUGGGUACUGCUCUCCAGAAUGGGACGGCAUCGUCUGCUGGCCUGAAGGGCCUCCUGGGAAGCUCGUGUCCACGGACUGCCCGGAGUACAUCUACGACUUCAACCAUAAAGGCCUCGCAUACCGCCGGUGUGACAACAAUGGAACGUGGGAGCUGGCCACAGUCAACAAGACGUGGGCCAAUUAUAACGAAUGUGCAAAAUUCCUCUACCAUUACAACCCCAGCCAAGAGAAGGAGGUCUUCCACCGCCUCUAUCUCAUCUACACAGUGGGCUACUCCAUCUCGUUGGGCUCGCUCAUGGUGGCUGUCGUCAUCCUGGGAUAUUUCCGACGGCUUCACUGCACCAGGAACUACAUCCACAUGCACCUCUUCGUGUCCUACAUGCUCAGAGCUGUCAGUAUUUUUGUGAAGGACGUCGUUCUCUACUCCGGAUCGGCGUUAGAGAACAUGGAAAGAGUCACGGUGGAAGACCUGAAAUCCAUCACCGAAGCGCCGCCGUCCAACAAAACGCAGUUUAUUAGCUGCAAGGUGGUCGUGACCUUGUUCAUGUACUUCCUGGCAACCAAUUACUACUGGAUCCUUGUGGAGGGCCUCUACCUCCACAGCCUCAUCUUUAUGACCUUCUUCUCAGACAGAAAGUAUCUGUGGGGAUUUACUCUGAUUGGAUGGGGAGUGCCGGCCGUGUUUGUGACCAUUUGGGCAACUGUGAGAGCCACGUUUGCCGACACAGAGUGUUGGGACUUAAGUGCAGGCAAUUUGAAAUGGAUAUAUCAAGUGCCUAUCCUGGCGGCCGUAGUGGUUAACUUUCUGUUAUUUCUGAACAUCAUCAGAGUCUUGGCGACUAAACUACGAGAAACAAAUGCUGGACGAUGCGACACCAGACAACAGUACAGGAAGCUGUUGAAGUCCACGCUGGUGCUGAUGCCGCUGUUCGGCGUCCACUACAUCAUAUUCAACGCCAUGCCGUACACAGAGGUGUCCGGAGUUCCCUGGUUGAUCCAGAUGCACUAUGAGAUGCUGUUCAACUCCUUCCAGGGAUUCUUAGUGGCAAUUAUCUACUGCUUCUGCAACGGAGAGGUUCAAGCUGAGAUCAAGAAGUCCUGGAGCAGGAGAACGCUGGCUCUCGAUUUCAAAAGAAAAGCUCGAAGCGGCAGCAACACCUACAGCUACGGACCCAUGGUGUCCCACACCAGCGUCACCAACGUCACCGCCAGAGGGCCGCUGGCGCUCCACCUCACCACCAGGCUCGGACCGCCGCCCGUCAACGGACACAGGAACCUGCCCGGCUACGUCAAGAACGGCUCCGUCUCCGAGAACUCCAUACCGUCGUCGGGGCAGGAGCUCCACAUCCCCGAAGAGGAGCAGUCUGCUCCCCCGCGGCCCUGCGAGGACGAGAAGCCGUCGCCGGUGGUGGAGGAGGAGAGGGAGACGGUCAUGUGAAAAGUGGAAAUAACACAUUAUGAAACAGUCUCAGGAUGGUUUGAAGGGGAUGGCUGCACGCGUCAACGCUGCCGGUUUUUCCUCCUGUGAAUCGAGCCAGAACAUUGCCGACUGAUGAGGCUCAAGGCAAAGAAAAAAAAAAAAGGGUGUAUCACUUUUGUGAGCUCGUUCGAGGGAUGAUGACCCCCCAUUUUCGCGGCAAUACUCUCGACUCUUCCGCCCAACCGCCCGCCACGACGAAUGUGUACAAGGCUGAGAACAGACUGCCGUUUCUCAUUUCUCCUCCACUGCCAUAACUGCCGUCAGCUUGUUUUCCGUUCGCAGCAAAGGUCUCGUGGUCGUCUUUUGUGCUUAAAUUCAAACUGGAGUCUGGUGGGUGCUGUAGCAGCUACCAGCGUAGAGCAGCCUUAACCACCUAACGGGAAGCCAGGUGGGCUCAGAGUGCACUUAACGGCACAGAUGUGGACAAUUUCAUCAGCAGCUUUUGGAUAAAGUGAAGGCCUCAAAAGUUAUUGAUGCGACUACGAUGAGUUUCUGGCAUCUCAUUGUGUUCUGCGUUAAAUCCACUUCAGUUUCAAAGGGAAGUUACUCAGGUAAUUGAAGUCCUCUGUUGUUGCACACCUAUUUUUAUACGUUUAAAGCGGCGUUUGAGUCGGCAUGUCUCUCCAGAGGAUGCUCGUAUGUUACAUAAGGCUGUGUUGAUUUGUUUUUUUUUUAUUUCAACAUGUUGUACAGUUUCUGCUGUUUCGAUCGACCCAGUAAUCGUCCCUCCUCAACAGAAUUUUUGAAUAGUUAAAAUGAAUGUAUCGUGUUCCAUUUUUAAUUUCUUCCUCCUCCAAAACACACGACCAAAGUAAGAACGCCAAAGUAGGAAUAUUUCUCUGAAGGCUGCCUUUCUCUGCUCUGGGUUCAGUGUGAGUUGAGGUAAAGAAGAACAAAAAAAAAACCACGUUCUUACCGAGUUCUUACAAGAUGAAACUCCAUUUAAAAACUCAGAAGCCGCCAUUUAUUCCAGCGGAAUGCGAAUUAAACGAGGAAUCCAAUAAAAUCUUAAACCCGACUGGAAUUCCACGAGCGCUAUUUGUGGUGGAUACAGAAGGUCAUUUUUCUUUCUCUAUUUUUUUUUUUUUUUUUUUUUUACAGAUGGUCCAAUGUUGUGCUGCUUUUCGAUGUACAUACAAACAAGUCAACAUGUUUACAAAGAUCAGAAAGACAUUAUAAUUGUGAGCUAAAAGUGUUCAUGUGUAAUGGAUAUGUUAUGAAGCUGUUUUGAUGUUUUUUUUAAAAAAAUGUGUUUGUUUAAGGAAUGUUGGAAAUAUCUGAUCAUGUAAAUAGUCCCAAACAGAACUGGCGAGUAUAUUUCCAGGGCAUUCAUACGAGCAUUUACUGAAGCAUUCCACGCGUUGUUUUAAAACCCUGUAACUUGUAAUAUAGCGCACUCGACCUGCGCGGUCGGCAGGGUCGGGUCACGUCGUGUAUUAUACCAAAGAGAAGGUUGUAUCGCCGUUUUUCUUUGCGUUCGUUAUCUUGUUUACAGCGACCGAAUCGUCUUAAAGUUGCCGUAAACGUGUGAACAGCAGAGAGCAAAACGAGAAUUCAGUAUCUAGAUCAUAGUGGGACCGGACUGAUAUUAAAGGCAAUUAUUCUUAUUACUUUUUAAUCCUCAACUUGGUUUUUCGACUUUGCUCAGUCUCCAGAUUGAAUUCUAGUCGCUGUGAGUGAUGCUGGAUUCAACCAAUAUUUGGCCCGAUUCUUUUUCUAUGUAUGAGGAGCAGAACCGGGUCUGUAAUCCCUCCUCCUGUCACGCUCUUCUGGUCCCUUCACACCUCCUGAGCCAUGCUCCCAAUCUGCCCUUAUUCCUGGUUUCACAGCACCUGUUGCCCUUAAGACGUGUGUGUUUACUGACAUUUAAAGUCUCGCCAGCAACUUAAACUGAAUCUAAAGUAAGAAAACUAAAUCAUACCUCAGCUUCAGGCAACUUUACAACCCGUCUGGUCUCUUUUUGUGCAAGAUGUUAAAGGAUGCUCAGCAAUAUUCUGCGUGUUUAUCGCCAAUUAAAACACCAAAACCGACAAUGAUUUGGCUUCUAAGUAACGUCUGAUACAGCGAUGUGCAAUGGAGCUGCAUUGUAUAAAAAAAAACACACUGACGUUCACAUUUCACUAAAUUUUGGUAAAAAACAAACAGCAGGUUUUGGAAACUUCGCAACCUUUUGAGAUUGUGGUGUCUCACAAAACCAAGAUAUUUUCCUACGAUUCGUCCUGUCGUCCACGCAGAUUAAAAACGGUUCUUUCAAAACCUCCGACCAUAGUGAAGAUUUAUGAAUCCUCCGUCUGCAUGUAGACAUCGAUAACCGGGUUUUAGGUUUCACUGCCUUCGACAAAAUAUGUUCUUACGUCACAUGUGCGAGCUGUGUUUGGAAACAGCGCAGACGCCCUCAGACCUGUGUGGCCGUUGCACAAGAACACAGGCGACGUUAAGGACGCUUAUUUUACGACGUCGAGACACGGAAGCUCACUCUGAUUGGAUAGGAUUUGGGGAACUACUGCCACCUACAGGUUUGGCAGCUUAUGAAUGUGCUCAACAACACACCUGUGCGGUUAGAUGUGGGUGAAGUUUUUAUCUAAAAACUAGGUGGUGAGUAGGGGGGAGGAUAUUCAGUUUUAUAAAAGCCCAGCUUCGUGUCGACUACGCCUGAAUCUUUGUAAGCGAGUUUUAGCGACUUACGUCUUAAGUGGGAACACGUGGCUGAGAGAUAAAGAUGAAGGAGUGAUGUCAUGAAGCAUCAGGAGACAGACUAACAUGCUCUUUUUGCAAAAUAAUAGAAAAAUAAAACCAGCAUCGCAGUGAUUUCAUUUUAACAACUCUGGGAUCGGGGGGUUACAAGAGCAAUCACAGGUGUCUGCAGGACACCACCGGGGCUGGAUAACACCUCUGCCACUGGAUGAAACAGCUGCUCACUGCCACAAAAAGACUUCAUUUAACUGGAUCCUUGCAGCCUUCAGGUUCCUCUCCCUUCUCGUGGAAUUUGGCAGAAUUUGCAAAGCGAGCGUGCCACGCUACCAUCCGGGUUUAGAGAUCGGGAUCAAAGCAUCAGAGCAGGAAAAUCUUGGAAAACACCUGGAAAAAUUCUAUUUGAGCACUUUAAAAGCCCUAGAAAACAGUAUUUUGUUCUGAUUGUAUGAUGAAAAAUGAUUGUGUUUUUGGAGCGUACAAUAAGGCCAAUCGUCAUAGAGCUAAUGUUGUGUUUCUAUUGUUACAAAUACCUCUCAUGGAAGUAUAAAGUGUAUUUCAUUGUCAUUUUAUUUAUCUCGUGCUGAAGUGUACAUCGGUGGAGCCGUCGGUAGUCUCUAGACGAGGCGUGUGCUUUCCGACACGCCUCUGACCUUCUCAUGACUCCAUUGUGACGUAGGCAUGUUGUAGACAUCAGUGUAAACCUUUGGAUAAAGUAGGAAGAUGUUUUUUCUGGUCUCUGAUGUUCAUCGGUGAAUUGUGAAUAAGACAAUAAAUCUAUAAUUCUACUGUA